GACGCCACGAGGCGACCGACAAGCAAGCGAUGCGAUCGAUGCUCGUCGCCGUCGUCGCGGUCCUCUCAGCGCUGACGUCGGCGCUUGUCGUCCAAGAGCCAUGCUGUGCGACGUUGCGCCACAUCCACGCCCGGUUUGGCCGACGCGUCGGCAACACAGACGAGUACAGCGGCCUCGAGCUCGUGGCAGCGCGGCCACUCGACGGCUGCCGGCCGCUGCGGCAGGACCUUACGGGUAAAGUCGCGUUGGUGCAGCGAGGCGGCUGCAACUUUGCGUUCAAGAUUCUGCAAGCGCAGCGUGCGCACGCCAAAGCCGUCAUCGUCAUGGACAACUACCCUCGCCCGCGCAACGAGUCGUGGGCGAUUCGCAUGGUGCCCGACAACGGCAACUCGACCAGCGUCGUUGUACCAAGCGUCUUUGUCUCGCACGAGACCGGCGACCGCCUCUUGGGGACGCUGCAGCUCAUGCGCGAGUAUGGCGGCGUCGUCCGCGUCGCGCUCAACCGCACGGGUGAAAUCUUGCCGCUCGCUACAGCCCCCGCGAUCCAGUACCAAGAAAGCCUCGAGACCAUGGCGCUCUACCUCGUCCUUGCGCUGGUCGGGAUCGCCGUCGUCCAUUGGCUGCAGCGCACGUAGCUCGUAGCAUAGAACCUCGCUUGGCAUGGACUCCAAAAGCUCGUAUUUACUCGGC